AUGCCAGAACCACCUGAAGAGCUUCGACUGCUGUACACGAGUGGAGAUCCUGAAUCACAACAUUUUCGGGACAGUAUUAGAUUUUUCAAUGGUCAUUUCUCGUUCACCACACUCUAUUGUGAUUAUGACAAGGAACUCGCAAAUGCAAGAGAUGGAGUGUACACAUUUAAAGCUCAUGGAAAAAUGUACCACAAUAUAUACUCAUUCGGACAACGAGAUGAUGACCCGAGCCAUUUGCAACUAUACUUCUAUGAUGAUGAUCCUUCCUUAUCACAUCGUUUUCGACGCGCCCGAGAUGAAGCAUAUAGAGCAAGAGAUAGGAGUGUCAUUAGAAGUUUGGUGGGCAUGCUAAGAGACAACCCCUACUCUGAAACAUUCAGGAGCCUAGGACAAGUUGAAGACAUGGACGAAUAUCGUAUUGUGCUAAACAUUGAAUACAAACUGGACCAAAGAGUAUAUAACAUGCCAUUAACAUCAGAGGUGGUUGCUGUGUGGGUCGAGGGGAGUGAGUUGCACAAACAUUUUGAUCGCAGCAUAACUCUCUUUGCAAAUAAUGACACAUAUUAUUCAAUCAGACCUCAUCAUGGGUGCUAUGACCCUUUGUCAUAUCCUCUCCUUUUCCCAAGUGGGGAGCUCGGUUGGCAUCCAGAGAUACCAAAACAAGGUGUUGACAUUAGACAAAUACGGAGGUCUCAGUCCAUAAAUCCCGACAACCCAGACACUAAUAGCACGUUGUGCGUCACGAUGUGCGAAUAUUAUUGCUACAAGUUCCAGAUGCGCCAUGGAAUGUUCAACACCAUCUUGCAUGGGAAGCGCCUAUUCCAGCAAUUUGCAGUUGAUACCUAUAUAAAGCUUGAAACAUCGCGUCUGAACUAUAUUCUGCACAACCAAUCAAGAAUACGUGCAGAUCUUUACCAGGGCUUAGUGGAUAUGGUAUCUGCAGGGGAGAAUCGUGCAAGUGCAAUGGGCAAAAGAUGGGUCCUUCCAGCAUCAUUUAUUGGUGGCCCGAGGGAUAUGAGACGAUGA